AUGGUGAGCGAUGUCGCGGUGCAGUCAAUACUGAACAACACGGCGGACGCGGUGGAGGAGAUGAUAGAGGGCCUGGUGCUGCUGAACCCCUCGCUGAAGCGGCUCGGCGGCCACAACGUCGUCGUGAGGGCUUCGCUCGACAGGAGCAAGGUCGCGCUUGUGUCAGGCGGCGGCAGUGGGCACGAGCCGUCUCACGCGGGCUGGGUCGGGGAGGGCAUGCUCUCGGCCGCGGUGUGCGGUGCCGUCUUCGCGUCGCCGUCAACGGCGGCGGUGCUCGCGGCGAUACUGCACGUGACGGGGCCGGCGGGCUGCCUCGUGGUCGUGAAAAACUACACGGGCGACCGGCUCAACUUUGGCCUCGCGUGCGAGCACGCCAAGGCGCUCGGGCUCUCCGUCGAGCUCGUCGUCUCAAUACUGAACAACACGGCGGACGCGGUGGAGGAGAUGAUAGAGGGCCUGGUGCUGCUGAACCCCUCGCUGAAGCGGCUCGGCGGCCACAACGUCGUCGUGAGGGCUUCGCUCGACAGGAGCAAGGUCGCGCUUGUGUCAGGCGGCGGCAGUGGGCACGAGCCGUCGCACGCGGGCUGGGUCGGGGAGGGCAUGCUCUCGGCCGCGGUGUGCGGUGCCGUCUUCGCGUCGCCGUCAACGGCGGCGGUGCUCGCGGCGAUACUGCACGUGACGGGGCCGGCGGGCUGCCUCGUGGUCGUGAAAAACUACACGGGCGACCGGCUCAACUUUGGCCUCGCGUGCGAGCACGCCAAGGCGCUCGGGCUCUCCGUCGAGCUCGUCGUC